CUGUUAUUAUGGCUAGUUUCUCAGUGAUGGCGCAGCAGGACGGAAGUUUUGCUAGCUGGGCUAAAUAUGAUAAUAAUGUUACGUUUUAGAAACUUUAAAUUUCUUAACCGAAAUUUCAGUUAAAAAUUCAGUUGAAUAAGAUGACCAAAUUUUCUGGAACCGCUUUGUUGUAGAGAAAUAAUUUAGCUUUAUCUCAACGCAGCUAAGAUUAGCUCGAAGACUAGCCUGAUUACUGUAAGUAGCGCAGCGCUGUAUAGUGCGCAGGUAGGUAGCUGGUGUUGACUUGCAGUUUCGUAAACGAAAUGUCUAAAGGUCGGAAACGGUCGAAAGCCAAAAGAGCUGCAAAAGCUGCAGCAAAAGCAACUGGAUUUGGAAUGCCUUCCGGUGGAUUCGGUGGUGUUGGUCCGCCACAUCCAGUGCCUCGGCUUGAACCAAUGAUGCCUGGAGAUCGCUUUCACAUGAACCCGCCCGACUUUGGACCACCAGUGAUGGAGGAUGGGCCGUUUAGAAAUGAGCCUUCUGAGUUUGCCCUAAGAGACGGGUAUGUGCAAAGACCAGGGUUCCAACCGCAAGAGUUUGAAAUGCUCCCACGCUUCCGUCAUCCAGAUAUGGAGGAUGGACCACGAGGCUUUCACCCAGAGCCAUAUGAAGACCGACCUGAUUUUCAUCCACUAGAGUUUGAAGGCGGACCACCAGGUUUUGUUCCACCAGAAUUUAGGGAUAGACCACCAGGCUUUGUCCCUCCUGAGUUUAGGGACAGACCACCAGAAUUUAGGGAUGGCCCAUCAGAAUUUAGGGAUGGCCCACCAGGCUUUGUCCCACCAGAAUUUAGGGAUAGACUACCAGGCUUUGUCCCUCCUGAGUUUAGGGAUAGACCACCAGGCUUUGUCCCGCCUGAGUUUAGGGAUAGACCACCAGGCUUUGUCCCUCCUGAGUUUAGGGAUGGACCACCAGGCUUUGUCCCUCCUGAGUUUAGGGAUAGACCACCAGACUUUAUCCCUCCUGAGUUUAGGGAUAGACCACCAGGCUUUGUCCCUCCUGAGUUUAGGGAUAGACCACCAGGCUUUGUCCCUCCUGAGUUUAGGGAUGGACCACAAGGGUUUGUCCCUCCUGAGUUUAGGGAUAGACCACCAGAAUUUGUCCCUCCUGAAUUUAGGGCUGGACCACAAGAGUUUGUCCCUCCUGAGUUUAGGGAUGGACCACAAGGGUUUGUCCCACCUGAGUUUAGGGAUGUACCACCCAGGUUCGCCUCAGGGGCAGGAAUCCGGCCAUCACAGUUUGAGGAUGGACCAGGUUAUCGAGCAAAGAGCCCUAAUUGUGGACCACUAGAGGUCCAUCACAAUGCUUCCCCUCUGGCUCCAUGCCCACCUCACAAAGCUCCUCAGGCAACUCAACAAUCCAGUGCUCCUGACAAUAAUGAAAAGAGUAAAAAUUCCUCCACCACUACAACAGCAACAUCUACUCCGAAGAAAGAAAUAUCUGUUGUGAAGAGCAUCUUUAGUUCAGUCAAACCUCCACCUGGGCGAUCACUGGGAGUCAUCACAUUUAUUGCAAACAGCUACGGAUUCAUCGAACGUGAGGAUCUGAAAAAAUAUUCUUUCUCAUUUGAUGCUUUUUUUGGUAAACAUAUCCAUUUGGUGCCUGGGGUUAAAGUGCAUUUCACAGCAGUCAAAGAAUCGGGAAAAGAAUGUGCUACUGAUGUGAAGGUUGCACCACGGGGGACAGAGGAAAUUGAACAGACAGUCUAUGAAGGUGUGGUCACUACAGUGCUUCCUGAUACUUACGUGUUGGAAGCUCAUCCAGGCCGCAUCCGAACCAUUCUUACUACUGAAACUGUAAAACUGCCUUUUGGAAAGAUGGACUCAAAAGCCACCCUACUACUCUUUGACCGGGUGAAAUUCCAACUGCUCACAGAUAUCAUUACAAAGGUGCGCAGAGCAACGAAUAUCACACCACAAAUGCCAGAAACAUUUCAGCUCACCAAGGAAAUCCGGGAAAAGGGUGUUAUAAUGAGCAUCAAGGAUGAUACCUGUAGUAUCAUGUCAAAGAAACAUGAAAACCUCACUGCGCCCCUCAGUGAGUAUCUGUCAGAUGAGCAGUUAAAACUCAUGGAUGAGGUGGAGUUCACAGUUAUAACUGUAAAAGACGUAUUGAAGGCAAUCAGAUUGAAGAAACUUCCUGAGGGAUCAGUGGAGUUUAAAGACAAAGUUAUUGACCCCUCUGCAUGCAAAUCAAUGUGGAAACCAGUGAUCUCCACGGAAGAAGCUGUUGAAGAAAUAAGCAGUGAGAAAUAUGAAGGAACAGUUUCCAAAAUCAUCCCCAAAAGUUGUAUAAAGAAGAUGGGGCAACAGCUGCCACAGGGACUUGUGAUCACCACUGUGGCUGGUGCACAGAAGAGUUUACCAUUUGGUUCAGGCGAUGUGGUCUCACAGGCCACUAUGAUGGUUGGUGACAAAGUCCAGUUCAACAUUGCCACCAAACAGCAGACCAAGGAGGAGCAUGCUGUCAACAUUGAGAUUCAGCCAGAAACAUUUCAACAAGAAUCCACAGAGCAACGAAAGAUAGGCAUUGUUGUAAAAUUGAAUGAUAAUUCUGGCUUCAUCAAGGGUCCUCUGGACCCGCAACUGUUUUUUGAAUUCUCCGAGGUCAUGGAUGACUCCAAGCUCACUUUGUCAGAGAAAGUUGAGUUUACACUAGCAGUGGGGGCUGAAGAAGGUAAACAAGCUAUAAGAAUCAGAAGGCUGACCGAGAGUGUCUUCACAACUGUGCCAAAAAUAGAAGAAAAGAAAGAGAAGAAGAAAAUGACAAUCAAAUUGCUGAAAGACCCAAAAGAGCACAUCAAGAACAGCAACAAUACCACAGAGGGCAAAGAUUAUUCUCUGGCUGCAGAGUACCCAGGCAGGGAAAAAGCUCAGAAGCAGGACAUUAAAGACAAACAGCAAAACCCUAAAAAGAGUAGUAGAGAGCGUAGCGGAAGCCGAGAAAACAGUCGAAGCAAUAGCCGCAGUCAGGAUAAGAGUAGCAGCUACUAUGGCAAGCGCAGGAGCUCCAGUCGUGACAGGAGUUACCGAAGACGGAGCCGCAGUCGUAGUAGCGAUCGCUCUCACAGAUACAGGCAUAGUAAUAGUCACAGCCGUAGCCGCAGUAGAAGCAGGGAAAGGAGCAGUCGGAGUGGAAAAAAGAGAAGUCGCAGCCCAGAAUACAUGGAUGAGCAUCACAGAAGACGGAUCGACAAUAAAGAAAGCAGCAGCAAGAGACGAAGCAGAAGCCCUGAUGGCCAAAACAACACAUCAAAACAUGCUGCCAACUCGCCAUCCGCUGAGGCUGUAAAUAAUGAAUUAGAAAAGAAAAGGAAAGAGUUAUUAGAGCUCAAUGAGUUAAUAGCACGUAAAAAAGCGAUAAUGGCAUUGGAACAAAGCACCAAAAGUCAGUUUAAAGAGGCACUUGAAAUGGAUAGCCAACAUGGGAUUGCUACAUUUGAUUAUCAGCAUAAAACCUAUCUGGAAAACUCCUGGACCCCUGACGUGAAGCCAGUUAGAUCCAUUUUAAAGAAGCACUCUGAAUCUCUCACCAGUUCCCAACAUCAGGAAAGGGAAAGAGGUGACCGUCCCGAAGAGUCAAUGGGAUACCCACAAACUAGCACUUCCAGUAUAUACAUGUCUGCUGGCUCAGUCCCUGCAUGGUUUAAACAGAGUUCUAGAUCGGAGAUUGAAGAUCAGGAAUUAGCAAGGAAAAAGAGACAGUUAGAAGAACUGAGUGAAAGUAUUGCACGUAAAAGAGCCAUUAUAGCCAUGGAACAAAAGGCUAAAGCCCUUAACGAUGGUUCUGAAAUCCAUAAGAAAUAUGAAUUUGCUGCAUGCUCAGAAGACCUGGACCUAACAGUGCCAAACAGGAACACCUGGCAACUUGACAUAAAACCUGAUCUUCAGCCAAAGAAGUCCAUUCUGAAGAAGCGGUCAGAAUCUGUUACUGAACAGCCACAGAAGGAUUUGACUUCAGCUGGUCAGUAUGCUCUUUUUUCAAUGUCUAAACAACUUAAAGAUGAUAGCUCAACUUUCCUCAAUCCCUCUGAGCCUUCAGAUGCUUCAUUUAAAAAACCGUGUAAUCCACCAUCAGUGCCCUCUAAUACUGUUGAUUUUUUCAAGAAACUGAUUGACGCCUCUACCAGUUCAAAUACAAGCAAUAACAAGGCAAUUGGUCAGCAGUCAUUUCAGUCAAGUUCUGGUUCAUUUUAUGACCAAAAAAGUACCAGAGAGUCCAAAGACCAAAGUUAUUCAACCUCACCUUCCCAGAUAUCCCAGUUUUCUCACAAGGAUUGUAACCAGGCUUCCACAAGUGAGGUUUCCUCAACCCAGGCUUCAGCUUCAAUGCGUAAGAGUAAUCUUGCAACACAAAUGGAACGCUUCCUUGGUGCUUUAAAUAAAGCAGAUUCAAAUUUGCUGUCUUCAUUGUUGAGAGAUGCUAGAAAAGAUUCUGAUCCACUGGAGAGUCGGAGGAUCCCACAAGAGCAGAAAGAAAGAAAGGUGUCUUGUGGUGAUGAAUUGUAUGAUCCAUUCAAAGAAACGGAUUGCAAUGAAGACACCUAUCCCUUAAUGGGCAACAGACAGAAAAUGAAUCCUAUGUUGGGACAUAAAGAAAGCAUAAUUGAAAGCUCCCAGGACGAUCUGUUACCACAUGAAAGAGCUGUGGUAGAUGGUAGUGGCUUUUCCAAAAUUGUUGGAAUGAAAUAUGGCAUUGAAGCUAAGCCUGAGAAUCGGUUCCUUUAUGGAGAGGCAACACCUACUAGUAGUCAGAGCAGACUUUCAGAAGAGCAUGAAAAAUUUAUGGAGGUGUGUGAUAAAUUUAAACCGUCACAAGAUCGUUACACUGAUGAGCCAUACUAUGAUGACUCGAAAUAUGUAGAGGACAGAGAGAGACACAAAAGACAAAAAACAUCUAACAAGCGCAGAGUAGAAGGCAGCCUAAGCUCAGUGCAACGCAAAUCAGAGGAUUCCCACGAAGAUGCGGACCAAAAAGCAAGCCACUAUAAAACAAUUCAGGAUCUUCUGCAAACCAUUGGUCUUAAUUUAGACACGACCGAUAUAAGCAAGCUAGCUGAUAGGACAAAUGAGCGCCUGUAUGGUAAGAAAGUCAAACCUCGGAGGUCUCACUCUUCUGAUCACAAAGAUGAACGAUCAGUACGUAGGUAUGAUCGAAGAGAUAGUAGUCAUUCAACUGAUUCUGAGGGUGGCCGUUCUGUAUCCCCUGCCAAAACCUCUAAACGUGAGGUCUACAUGAGCUAUUUGGAUUCUCUGAAGUAUCGUCACGACGACGCCGCAGCUGGGGAACGGGACAUUUUUAGCCUUAAAAGGACUAUUAGGAACAGUCCAGAAGCCAAACAAAUGACACCAGAGCCAUAUAAAAUUGCUCCACCAGAAGUCUCGCAUGAAGCCUUCUCAGCAGUUCAGUCUGCUACUUUGCAGUAUACUCAAAUAUCCAGUGAAUACUCCUCAGCUGCACACCAUGUUAAUGUCAAGCCAGAUUCCCAGCACUAUAGUUAUGCUAUGGAAGGAGAACAAAAUCCCUAUGGGUCAGUUUCUGUAAAUCCUCUGCAUUAUGCUACUGGCUAUCCGACAAUACCCUCUCAAUUACCACCUGGCUAUGCGGAUUAUACAGCAUCUGCCGGCCCUUCAUUAAUGAUGCCACCAAGCCCUGCCCAGUUCUAUCCAGCACACUCUACUUUUACCGCACCAGGAACUUAUGGUCCUCCUCCAACAGCUCCUUAUCCACCCACAUCAGGCCAGUUUGGCUUUGCCAUGCAGCCUAGCAGCUCUGGUUAUACCACCCAGCAGGCUAAGACAAAACCCAUUCCACAAAGCAGGUGUCUCAAAACAAUACAAACAGUGCAAACAGUGCAGAAUUCUGUUAGUGUAAAGCUUUCUGCGGCCAAGGAAGUAUGUACUGUCAUUACCAUACAGACACAAAAAGAGCCUAAUAAUACUGAAGGUGAAACUGAAUCCCAAAAGGCACCCAUGAUGGAAGAUGACAUCAAGGCUAAACAGAAAAAAAGGCUGGAGCAGUUUAAUCAGAGAAUGAGACUGAAGAAGGAACAGCAAAUGGAAGCCCAGCGAACACGAGGACAAAACCAGAAAUCAGCACCAGGAAAAGUUAUCCGAACAGAAGUAAAGAAUGUCUGGAUAUGUGGCCACUCCCUUGUGUUCUGGGCUGAGAAGAGGGCCACAUCUCCUGAAAUAGGUAUGCAGCUUGGUAUGGACCCCAAUACUGUACGCAUCUGGUGGAAGGGUGUGCAGGGCAUGACAUGGCAACAGCUUCUGCCCCAGCUACUCCAACUAAAGGACAACUGGCCCAAACCUGACGUGAUCCUUAUUCAUCUGGGUGGAAAUGAUCUUGGCACGAUGACCCCAGAGACCUUUGUAUUAGCAGUGAAGAAAGACCUGAUUUCACUGAAGAGCAUUUUUCCUGAAUGCCGUCUCGUUUGGUCAGACAUCCUGCCACGCAAAUCCUGGAGACACUCAAAUGACAGCACGGCAGUGAACAACAUGCGACAGGCGAUCAACAAAACAAUACGCGGUAUUAUGGCAGAGCUUGGGGGUUCUUCAUUGACACAUGACAACAUUUUGCCAAAACUGGAUACUGGCCUCUACAGACCAGAUGGAGUUCACCUGUCUGGUAAAGGGAUCGACACUUUUAACUUAAACAUGCAAGACUUUCUUGAGAAGUGGGAAAGUGAGAUAAGUGAGCCAGAGACUUCUGAAAGCUAAAACGAUUUUUAUCCUAAUCUUUCAGUAUCUCUUUUGUACUGUGAAACUCAUUCUUGGAAUUCAUUCUUAUACUUCUUUCAGUGUUACAGUUGGAUAUCAGCCCUAUGCUUAUCUUAUCUGAAUGCAAGUGCAUGUUUUAUUAAAUGAACUUAACACUAAAUGAGUGUUAAAACUUCUGUUGUCUGUUAAUAUUUAGUAAUUUCUGUAAUUAUAUGUAGAUUUAGUUUUUUAUUAUGGUUGUUAAAAAAUGAGAACAAAAAAAUAAAAGACAAUACUCGACUCGAUGCCGUCUCUUUAUUUAAUGCACUGAGUUUCCUUCUUUCUAUCUGUCUGUCUGUCUAUCUAGCUUUCUUUCUUUUUAAACAAAACAAAAACAAAUCCAAAACCUUUUAAAUAAGCUAAUUGUGCCUUUGUUAACUCUUUUGGUCACAUUUUGUGCAUAUACAUACAUACAUACAUACACAAUAAGUUUUGCUUGUUGUACUGUAAGUGCAAAAUUCUGUUUCCUAACAAUGUAUUUAUGUACAUCUGUUCAACAUAUGUUGUGUGUGCUAUGCUUUUAUGCCUUCUGCAAUAAAAUGAUAUAAUAGCCAGAAAUGUCAAUGGAUAGUCUUUAUUUAAAAAAAAACCCCAAAAAACCUUUCCCAUUACAAACAUCAGUUUGAUGUCCAUACAGUGGUUGCUUUUCUUUUUUCCAGGAUGUUAGGGAACUCCUUUAGUUUACUGUGUUUUUGGGAUAGAUUUAGAAGUAUACUUCGAUCACCUGCUGGACUGCAUGUACCCAUGGACCUGAAGGAGAGGAA